UACACCCAUACACACAGAUACCACAAAAAAAAUAAAAAUAAAAAUCCAAACUUGCCCAUUUUCUCUCAGAUUUAGCCUUUUGAUUUGUCUGAUUGAAUCCCAAAAGGGUUUUCUACGAAAAUCACCUUCUUGUUUCAUGCCCAUGUUCCCAACGCCGUCGCCGUCGCCGUCCUCGCCGUCUCAGGCGAAAACCAGCAGCUCUCGGCCCGGUAACCGCCGGGAACCGAGCCAGCUUCAGAGACGAGCUCCGCCGCUGAAGAUCACUCCGGCGAAGGCUGGUGCCUGGAACGCCGCCAUCCCGCUCCUAUCCCCGCUCGUUACCCCGCCCACGGCGGCGGUCGACCAGCUACCGUCGCCGCCGAAGCCGCCGGAGACGGAGGAUGCUGAGGCGGAGAAGAUGCCAGUGUUCAAGAAGUGGCAGCAUCCGGCGGCGCCGUUUUAUUACGAGACGGCGCCGUUUGUUCGGCCGUUUGUUCCCGUUUGAAAAUGCUUUGGAAAGAUCUAACGGUUCAAAAGCACAUUUUGGGUUUGUUUUUAAUUUAUUAAAUUUAACAUUUUGUAAAUUUAACGGUCCAACGAGCGCGUGUAAAUUCUGUAAAUCGAGGAAUAAACGAACGUCGCGCGUAGCUAAUUUAUCAAUUUCAGUAUUUUAUCUGAAAAUUUAAAUUCUAUUUUUUUUUUAUGUUUUGUGUAACAAAACUAGUAAACAGUCGGAUUAAAAUACUUAUUUG